AUGAUCACUGCCGCUGUUCUGGCUGAGAUCUGCUCCGCCCUUCCUGCAGCUGGCUCGAUCUACUUCUGGGCCGCAGAAGCUGGCGGUCCCAAGUACGCCAGACUCUUCGGCUUCGUUGUUGCGUGGUGGUCGUGCACGGCCUGGACAACUUUCGUGGCUUCGCUUUGUCAGAGUACUGCCAACUUCAUCCUGUCCGAGCUUCCGGUCUUCGGUGUCACCUCUCUUAUUACCGACACUGGCGACAUCAAAUUCCGCGCAGUACAAUGGGCCGUGUCCGAGGGUAUUCUUUUCCUCGCCAUUGGCAUGAACUAUCUCAACCCCAAAACCUACAAGUGGAUCUUCAGAAUUGCUUCUGGCUUGAUCUGCCUCGACUUCAUCUUGAAUAUCAUCUGGUUUCCUAUUGCGGUCUCUCAGACCUAUGGAUUCCAGUCGGCCAAGUUCGCAUUUACAGCCACGGAGAAUCUUACAGGUGCUCCACCGGUCUGGAACUGGAUGUUGUCUUACUACGUCACUGCAGGCAUUCUUGUUGGUUUCGAAGCGAGUGGUCACAUCUCCGAGGAAACUCAGAACGCAAAUGUUGUCGCAGCCAAGGGUAUCUUCACAUCUGCUCUCGUCUCUGCCUUGAUGGGCUUCCCUAUGGUUAUCCUGUUCUUGUUCUGUUGCCCGGACCUCAGCAAGUUCGACUUUGACUACCCUCAACCGUUCGUUGGCAUCUACGCGCAGGCUAUGGGCAAAGGAGGCCACCUUGUCAUGAACAUCGUUUGCAUCCUUGGUCUUUUCUUCAAUACCACUGUCAGCGGAGUCGCAUCAUCUCGUCUGAUUUGGGCCGUUGCACGUGAUGGCGUCUUGCCAUUCUCAGGUUGGAUUUCUGCCGUCUCUGCCAACAAAGAGCCAAGAAAUGCAGUCACUGUCAUGUUGGUCGUUGCUGCAGUGCUGCUUUGCUCUAUUCUUCCCUCUGCUACCGCGUUCGCGUCCCUGGUUUCUGCUGCAGGUGUCCCCACAAUCACAGCAUAUGCAUUGAUCUGCUUUGGCCGCACUUUCCUCACACCGGGAGAGUUCAAGAAUGCUCCCUGGUCUCUUGGUCGCUGGUCUCGUCCUCUGAACUUCAUUGCUCUUAUCUGGAAUCUCUACCUGGCCGCAGUCUUGUUUUCUCCUCUCGAAUUCCCAGUUACUGGUCCCAACUUCAACUACUCACCUGUCAUCUUUGGUGCGAUCACCAUUUUUGCUCUACUCUCUUGGUGGUUCAUGCCUGAGGACAAAUGGCUGCCUGCAGCUCGCCUUGGUAAAGUCCAUGACUUCGAGGAAGAACUGAAUGCGAACAGAACUGGACGCAGCUCCAGCGUCUCUGGUCCUUCUUCCUAG